AGAUUACCACUCUUAGCCCAACACCAAUUAAUACUCUUGCCUUCAGUAUCACACACAAUCACAACCCACCUCAUUCAAGUUCUCCUAUUUUUUGUUUUUCUUCUUCUUCCUCUUCCUGCUUCACAGCGCACACACACACGCACCAUUACUCCAAAAUCAAACUCGCACAUCCUCACGGCUCCGGCCAUUUGCGAAAAAGGCACAAGGUCAAAAAAAUCAGGACACAAUCCACAGCUCAAACCGCAGGUCUCUUCUUAGUUCUAAUGGCGAGUUCAACUGUGUCCCUAUUUGGUUCGAAGGCGCCAGUUAAAAGAUCAUCAGCUACCUCCAAUUCUCUACCUGGUUUCAGCUGUUCGUGUCCACAUUUUCUUUCUGAUAGUUUUAGUGGCCUAAUUUUUCUUUCGGAUUUCAUCGACAGCAGCAUGAUCUCAAAGACUUAUCGAGCUGGCAGAAUUACCUGUGAUUAUUCCUGUUUCGAGAUAAAGGGUGUAAGCUAUCGACCUCCAGGAACCGAAAUAGCUCUUUUGAAUGGAAUUAGUUUAUCUCUUCCUGAAAAAAGCUUUGGGCUGAUUUUUGGAAGAAGUGGAAGUGGAAAAACUACUCUUUUGCAGCUAAUUUCUGGGUUAAGUAAACCAACAUCAGGCUCAAUUCACGUUCAAAGAUAUGGUGCUGAUGGUCAGCCGAAGCAGUCUCCGGAAAUGUUGCAGCCUGGAAGAGUUGGUAUUGUUUUCCAGUUUCCCGAAAGGUUUUUUGUUGCAGAUAAUGUUCUUGAGGAAUUAAUAUUCGGGUGGCCAAGACAAAAAGUUGGCAUGCAAUUGAGAGAACUUCUUACUUCAAGGCUCCAUAAAGCAAUGACAUCGGUUGGUCUAACUGGAAUCUCUCUGGACAAAGAUCCCCAGUCCCUUAGUGGUGGAUACAAACGACGGCUUGCCCUAGCAAUUCAGUUAGUGCAAACUCCAGAUCUGUUGAUAUUAGACGAACCUCUUGCUGGUCUUGGUAUGGCAAGCUUGCUGUGUUCUUUAAUCUUCUCCUCACUUUAUCUUGAAUGCCUUGGGGUGAUUUGGCAAGAGAGGAAACCCUGUAGUUUGAGCUUUGUCAACUGGAAAGCCCGUGCGGAUGUUGUUAAGUUGUUGAAAGACUUGAAGAAAGAGCUUACAUUGCUUGUUGUCAGCCAUGAUAUUAAAGAGCUGUCAUCCCUUGUAGACCAGUCUUGGAGGAUGGACAUGGGUGGAGUAUUGAAGAGGGAAUGCUUGCCUUUCUGAUUACAUAUUUCUGCUACCUGGUCAAUUGAUAUUUGGGUACGGCCGUCUAGAUUCAAUUUGGAAGCAUCGUUGUGUAAAGAGUUGGCUAAUUCUUUUAAAUCCAUGUUUCCGAGAGUUUAGAUGUGGGUAAGCGUGCAAUUUCCUAGAGCAAGUUGCUGAUAUUAAUUUAUCUAGACUAGAUCAGUGUAUGCUAUAUUAAAGAAUAUUUCUGCUCAGUUACAUGCGAGAUGCUAAAUUCAAACAGGCACUCGAUACAUUCAACAGAAUUAGCUUUAGUACUUGACAUCACAUUUGACCUUCCCAGCAAUAAAACAGAAGCACAUAAAACUCUAAUAAAUGCACAGUCAUCCACCACUACAGAUAUUAAGAAAGCACACAGAUAGGAGAGUCUCCUUAUUUGCAUCUGACCUUAGCCAAGUUACACUUCAUUUCAAUUUUCAUCAAUAAAAUCAUGAUCACACGCGUGAGCAAACUUCACCUUAAAAGGGGAACAUGGAUAGGCUCUUUGCCUUCCCUUAGAGCUCCAAGACCAAGUCUUUCAUGUAGAUGACCGACAAACAAAUAUGGAAAAAGAGAGGUUAGAGAAUCCUACUUAAUUUGUUAAUCUUCAACUGAUGCAUUUAACUUACAAUCAGAAUCCGUCUUGAUCCAGCGCCCUCUAUUGAUAGCUGAAGCACCCGUGUGGGUCCCAUUUGAAGAUCGUUUCCUGAUGCCCUUUUCACUCCAUUUGCUCCCGCCUUGACCAACCAUGUUAUUUCCAUCCUCAUGGGAAAUGCUUUUCCUCCAUCGCUUUUGGUGCUUAGCGAACUGUUUGUCUGUUAGCGAACUGUUUGUCUGUCAUCUCUUCAGCGUGAACCUUCCUGUCAAAUAUCUUUAUAGCCUGCAACCCCGCCACAUCAGAUCGUGCAAAUAUUUUCCAAUGUGCUUAAGGUUUGUUAUGUCAUCUUGUCUUUCAACCAAAUCACCUUUUCAUUUGGCUAUGUUUGCAAACCUUCUUGGCAGCUAGCGAUACUUGGAGGUACAAGUUUAGCUAAAAAGGGAAUGCCACUUUAUGUGUAUUUUUCUUCAUUCUCAUUAUGUACAAAUCCUCACCUAAUGGAUAAUAACUCGUAUGUGUGCCACAUGUUCUGCUAAUCGUGGAAUUUUUAUUGAAUUGUUGCCUGCCACCAUCCUUUUUCCAUGUUUGAAUUAGAUUGAUC